CCCACUGCCUCCAUUCCCACACAGCCUUUAGCUAAUUAAGCUACUCACCACUCUUCCUAGCUAAGCAUCUUCUUGAGUUCUCCGUGGUGAUCGGAUGGACAGCGCGUGGAGCUGUCUCGUGGACGACGUGAGCAGCGGCACGUCCACGGGCAAGAAGGCGUCUCCGUCGCCGGCCGCGCCGGCGACCAAGCCGCUGCAGCGCGUCGGCAGCGGGGCCAGCGCGGUCAUGGACGCGCCCGAGCCCGGCGCGGAGGCGGACUCCGGCCGCGGCGGGCGGCUGCCGUCGUCCAAGUACAAGGGCGUGGUGCCGCAGCCCAACGGGCGGUGGGGCGCGCAGAUCUACGAGCGCCACCAGCGCGUCUGGCUCGGCACGUUCACGGGCGAGGCCGAGGCGGGCCGCGCCUACGACGCGGCGGCGCAGCGCUUCCGCGGCCGCGACGCCGUCACCAACUUCCGCCCGCUUGCCGAGUCCGACCCCGACGACGCCGCCGAGCUCCGCUUCCUCGCCGCCCGCUCCAAGGCCGAGGUUGUUGACAUGCUGCGCAAGCACAUCUAUCCCGACGAGCUCGCGCAGCACAAGCGCGCCUUCUUCUUCGCCGCGGCGUCGUCCCCUACGUCGUCGUCGUCACCUCUCGCCUCGCCGGCUCCUUCAGCCGCGGCGGCGCGGCGCGAGCACCUGUUCGACAAGACGGUCACGCCCAGCGACGUGGGGAAGCUGAACCGGCUGGUGAUCCCCAAGCAGCACGCCGAGAAGCACUUCCCGCUGCAGCUCCCUUCUGCCAGCGCCGCCGUGCCAGGCGAGUGCAAGGGCGUGCUGCUCAACUUCGAUGACGCGACCGGCAAGGUGUGGAGGUUCCGGUACUCCUACUGGAACAGCAGCCAGAGCUACGUGCUCACCAAGGGGUGGAGCCGCUUCGUGAAGGAGAAGGGCCUUCACGCCGGCGACGCCGUCGAGUUCUACCGCGCCGCCUCCGGCAACAACCAGCUCUUCAUCGACUGCAAGCUCCGGUCCAAGAGCACCACGACGACGACCUCCGUCAACUCGGAGGCCGCCCCAUCGCCGGCACCCGUGACGAGGACAGUGCGACUCUUCGGGGUCGACCUUCUCAUCGCGCCGGCGGCGAGGCACGCGCAUGAGCACGAGGACUACGGCAUGGCCAAGACAAACAAGAGAACCAUGGAGGCCAGCGUAGCGGCGCCUACUCCGGCGCACGCGGUGUGGAAGAAGCGGUGCGUAGACUUCGCGCUGACCUACCGACUUGCCACCACCCCACAGUGCCCGAGGUCAAGAGAUCAACUAGAAGGAGUACAAGCAGCUGGGAGUACAUUUGCUCUAUAGACUUGUCACCACUCGGGCUCAAAAGAUGAACUGGAAUCAGCAGCGCAGAUACUUCUUAACCGACUCAUAUUCACGUAAUAGUAGUGUAGUAUAUGUAGCGUGAUCUUUUUUUUUGCAAAAAGUUCCAAUCUGAUCAUCAAACAUUAUGUACAAAAAGCAUGAGUAGUAAUGAAAAUUGCACCUUAGACUUCCCAACGA